UCUAAAAUGGCGGGCUGUUUCAAUCCAAACAGCAUGGAGGAGUUUAUGGUGUCAGCUGAUGCAAGUUUGAGACGAUACGAAACAAAUUUUGACAGAAUAUGUUCAAAGUAUGGACAGUCAUUCCCAGAUGACGACAUAGUCUCCAUGAAGACUGGUCAGAUUGUGAAUGACAAAGGGACUAUCAGGAAUCUUAAACCAGUGUCAUUUGGAGGAUCUAAACUGGCAGUGACAAAGCGUAGAGCAGACAAGUUUGCAAAGGCUCUGUCCAACAGCACAAUGGACAUGUCCCAGAACCAAUCUGUCGAUGGUCAGUCUAUUUACAGCAACUACGUGUCAGGCAGAGCCAAUGUUUCCCAUUUUGCAGAUGAUGCAAGCAAACUGCUCUCUUUCAUCUGUGAGGAUGAGAAAGAGCCGAGUGAUGCAGAGACCAUCAGCUCCAGAGACACCUCCAGCUUAGAUGCUGAGAGGGAAGACCGCUUGACUGACCUUGAGUCGUGCUCAGAUGAAGUUGAUGGUGACCUUGACCUCUGUUCACCAAGAGCUGAAUACCCUUGCAAACUGAAGCAAGAUGUGUCAAGUUUCAAUGACAAUGUAUGGUAUUCUCUUGGAAGCAAUCAGUCUCCGAGUUCGGGAUCAGAUUUGUCUGUAAGGAAACACUUUGGUUCCCUAAAUUCUCAAUCACAAGAAAUAUCAAGUAAAGCAGAGGACAGUAUUGGCACAGGAGAUCUGAAAGGGGCAUGUGGAAGUUUGUCGAAGAGUAACAUGGUACGAUUUGAUAUGGAGAAGGGACUGCCAGAGGACAGUGGCUUCGAGAGUGGUCCAGGGAUAAGAAUGGGUGCUGACAAGAUGGUUGGCAAGGGGCCUCUACGAAUGUUUUGUUUGAAUGAAGAUAAGAUAAACCGAGUCAUGAAUUGGGUCAAAGAUCAAGCAAAUGAAAAUCGUCAUCCUGGAGCUCCGAUACAGCCAGUAACUUUGAGAAAUCUGCUUGAAUCCACCCAGCCAAACAAAACAGAUGAUGUUCUUCUCAAGUCACCAUCAAAAAUUAGAAAGAAAAGUGAUAAAGAUCACAACUUUAACAAUCGGUCAUCUCCACAACAUCCUCAACUGUAUCCUAUAACACGACCGGUUGGUGAUAUGAAUACGACAUACACAGUACCUCUGCCCAGUGGGGACAAUUCCAACAGGAUGCCAUUCUCACCUGUCGACCGAGGCAGUUAUAACCAGCCAGAACUGCCUACAUGCAACCAACACAAGACAUGGGUGGUUGAUGCUGGUUCUGGUCCAGUAGUUUCAUCAAAGCCCACUAAUACUGACAGAAAAAAUGACUCAUCUGAGCUGUUGGGAACUUCCCAAGAUCUCACGACUGAUGCCAUGUGCCAAAGAAGAAUUGUCCGAGCAAGAAAACGAGCAUUCAUUCCGAUACAGCCUGCCUACACCUCUGAGCAGCUUUUCGACUAUUUGACCUCUCCAGUGCCUAAAACAGUUGUUGAGAUAUUGUCUCCAGCUCGACCAAGUCGUGUACAAGCUGAGGAGGAUACACUGCCUUGCCUGAAGUCUCCGCCUCCAUCUCUACUUCGGCCAAGGGCUGAUGUGUGGGAAGAGUCACAGCUUCAGGGCAGUCCCUCUCAUCAUCAUCACUCACACAUGAAUUGGUUGAGCAAAGAAGAAAAUUAUAUUGGAAGAGCUGUUGGUAACAAUGGACAUUACCCUAUGAACAAUCUGAACCAAGAUGACACUACAGACAACAGUGGAUGUUAUGAUGAUGAUGUUGUGAUCACCAAGGUAAAGUUAGAACCAGGACUUGAACAAGCUGUCGCCUCCAGUCCGAGAGAACAUACACAGCAUAGAGAACAUGCUGGCUGUGACAUGAGGAACCAGUGCUGGCUGAAGGACAGGGUGUCGGAGAAGGAUGAUUCUGUGACGUUAUGUGAAGGAUUUGGAUACUCCGUCCCAGAACAUGGCCACAUUAUGUCUCCUGUACCUCAAGCCAUCACUGCACUCAAUAUUGGCAGGAACAGGGGAACGCCGACAACCCCCGAACAUAGAGACGACAGAAUCAUAGGAACUCCUAACGGAACCCCAAACGCUGCUGUAGGCUAUAUUUACAACCAAAACCUGGGAGCACCCAUGCCCUUCAACUCGCAAGAUAACAGUAAACAUUGUGGAGGAACACCUGAUGCACUGUCAGUUAAGUCAAGCCAUGUUGACAACAGAAACAUGAAUGGAACACCCCAAACCUGCUUCUCUGCAGGAUCUCGAAACAAGAAGCAGAUCUUUGACCACUUGAAGCAAACAGGAUCACAGUCCGAUUCUAAGGUUGUCACUGAGAACGUUCUGAGUCGAGGUCAUGUUAAGGCAAGGAGGCAGCUAACAAUGGAACAGACAGGAAGAGGAACCCAAAUGUUUCUCUCAGAAGGAGGACUGAUGCUUGACAAUGAACAGCUUUCUGCAAAAUCAAGGAAAUCACAAUUGCAGUCAAACUUUGGGAGAAACAACAGGGAAAAGUUUUCUGUGGAUCGGAACAGUUAUGAAACUAGUUCUAAAGUCCCUGCUGGAAACAGGCAGGCAGAUGAGUCAGGGGAACACCUGACCUCGGUUGGUGAAGGGAGAGUAGAGAAGAACUACCAGGUUAGAUGUUCUGCACCCAGAGGUAGAAAUAUAGUCUUGAGGCAAAAUGGAAACCAACAGGAGACUGUGGGACACCACCAACGUAGAUCUAAUCAGAUGGAUGAAACACCAGCUUCACCUGGAAGGAAGGUUGAUGCUGGCAUUUGUAGAAAUCCCAAAGUAAGUUCCAGAAAAUAUCAGUCAGAUGACCUUGUGUUAUCUCCACUGAGAAACAGCAGAUGUUCGUCAGUGUCCAGUCAAGGACUCUCCCCUUCAUCACAUCUGUCUCAGCUGCAGCUCAACAGCCCAACUCAGGUCAAGAUUGAACGAAUGAAGUUGAACAAGACUUCUAGCAAAGAACUGUUCAAAACACCAAAGGGAUCUCCAAGAUCAAAGUGUGCUAAACACCCAUCCCAGAUCACCAAUGACCUAUCCUCAAAGACAACACAACAGUGCAAAGACUUCUCCCAGAACUUUUACAACUCAAAAAGUAAAAACCCCACUGAUGACAAGUCUAACCUUAUGAGUCAUAAGUCUUCUUCCUACAAUGACUUAAGCAAAUCUUCUAGAAAUCAUAUUUCAUCUCGGUCGCCUUCUAAAUCUGACUCUGACAAUUUAAGACGAUCCAUGCCACAACUACCAACUUCCCCACCUUUGUCACCAGCUGACAAACAGAAAACCUCAUCAAACGAGUACCUGGUAUCCAAGGAGAACUUCAAGAAGUCUCCGUAUUCAAAAACUAAAUGUUCAAAAGAUUUGCAAAAGCCAGUUUUUCUUGUGCCAGACAGUUCCUGCAUCAGGUCACUGAAGUCUGUCAAAUCCUCCAAAUCGAUGACCUCAGAAUCUAAUUCAUGGACAGUUAAGACAGGACUUAAGAAGAUAUCUCGGGAUCAGUUCCGAUCUGUGUACAGGUCAACAGACAAGAACCCGCUGUGGACAAGCACGCCAGCCAAAGCCAGGAACAUGCCCGUCCUCAACCAGACCAUGUCCACGAUUCUCCUGGGUGAGGAUGAUGAUGGUGCGUCAGAUGAGGCCAACGAUGAUGAUGAGGUGGAAACAGUCAGUCCCUACUCAUUCAGGUCUGACAGCAUCAAUGGGAUGUAGACUGCACAUUGUGAGGAAAACUGCACACUCAGAGGACAUGGUGAACACAGGUGGUCGCAGAGUUUAGCCUGACUCUUGUGACCUUGAAAUAUGUCCAUCACUAGAGGCUGGGUGAAAUUUGUUCCCCAUGAACCAGUGGGGGAUAUUUGUUCUCCAUGAACCAGUGGGGAUAUUUGUUCUCCAUGAACCAGUGGGGAUAUUUGUUCUGUGUGAAGGGAAGGUGAUAUUGGCAUUGUAUGAAAGGGUGGGUGAAAUUUGUUCAUUACCAUAUGGGAAGGUGAGAGUGGUAUGAGCAUUCCUAUGUUUGAGUUUAUGUAUUUGAUUGAAACCAUGUAUCUGUGAUAUAAGGAUUAUAUGCCAUAUGAAAAUAACUUCCAGCUAUAAGUGUCUUAUUUCUAGACCUUACCUGCAUGUUAUAUAUAUAUCAUGAACAUUAAGUGUGUGACAGUUCAGUGGGUAGGUGAACAGUCACACUGAACAGGAUCUGAUCCACACUCUUCAUCAUGACGAAGUUACUUGAGAAAUACAGUUGAUGUUUGUUGUGAUACAGACUCCCAUGUGCCAAAAUCAUCUAAAUAUUCAGUGACAGUGUUUAAAAGAGUUAUAUGUACGUUUAUCCUCACAGGGCAGGCGAUGUUAUGUGUGUUAUUUCAGUAGAUGGCCAGGCAACUGACUUACCUAUACUGUAUGGGUGAUUCACUGUGGAAUCUGCUAUUGUGUGUCAGUCAAGGCUUCACGUUGGGCCUUCCAAGAUUAACAUGGUUCUACAGAUGCAACUAUGUUUAAACCAAGUGACUCAAUAUUUCAUUUGAAUAUAUAUUUUUGCAAAAUUUAGUGUGAUUUUGUCACUUGAACAGAGGUUCAAUACCUCAAACCGGUGCCCCCAGUUAUAUGAAUGUGCUAACAGUUCUUGAAACGUUUUUCAUGUGACUUGACUCAGUGGCGAUCAUCUCUCACAUCUCCUGUUCCAGUUAUUGUUUUCAAGUUUCGUAAGACGUGGCAGUGAUGAACUUUUGUAAGUACGUUAGGUGCAAGACAUGGAGCUAUGAGGACGGAAGAUGUCUUGUGCCCAGAUGAGGUACUUACUUCAUGUUGAAAACAGCCUGCUAUUUCAUGUUUGACAUUUAGGCUGCCUCUCUGAGAUUAUUUGUAUUAUCUAGAAUGAGAUAUAUAAUAUCUGCUGAUUAAACAUUAUUUCAUUUA